AUUGCGAAAUUUUGAAAUUCCUGAAAAUUUUAUUUUUAAAAAACUCUACAAGCAACAAAACAACAGUAAAUAAAUUAUGGGAACAACUGGAAGAUUUGGUGGCGGUGGUCAUGGUUUGACUGGACCAAAACAUAUCUGGUAUGAUACAGAUUAUUCAGAAUUAUACAAAGGAUUGGCUGUUGUUAUUGGUUUUUUUCUAUUCUUGGUUCUUCUAUUAUUGAUAUUCAUAUUAAUAUCUUAUCUACGUAAAUGGUAUCGCCUUAAGAAACGUCCAAAUGAAGCCGUUGUUGGUAAUAAUAAUGAACGAUUAAAUUCAACAAAUGUUUCCAUUACUGGCCAAUUACAACAUCAACAACAAUUACCACCACAUUCAAUGAAUUUAAAUCAUCAUCAACAACAACAACAACAACAUCAUCAAUCAAUCAAUUUACAAUCAUUACCAUCAUCGGGUAAACCAUCUGUAUUAUCAUUACAUUCACAUAAAUCAUCAAUAAGUAAAAGUGGUACACCAACAUCAACAACAACAUCGGGUCAAUUUAAUUAUGGUUUGGAUAAAGAUCAGCAAACAAAAUUUUAUAAAAAACAUAGCCGUGUUGGUUUAUCACAAAAUUCAUCAGCUAAUUCAUCACAACCACCAACGCCAUUAUCAUCAAAAUUAUCAUCAUCAUCGAUGACAAAAAAAUCAUCAACAACAUUAAUAAAUCCAAAUUUAGUGACAAUAUCAUCGACGACACCAUUACCACCAACACUACCAAUAACAUCAACAACAUUGUCGAUGACACCAUCAGCAAAUAUUGAAUUAAUACAUGAUCCAAAUAUUGUGAUGACAACAACCGGUGCCAUUGAUGGUAGUUGUGGUGGUGGUGGCGGUAUUAAUCCAUCAUCUAUUCAACAUCAUCAUCAUCAUGGACAUUAUCAAGAAUUUCCACCACAACAACAACAAUCAUCUACAACGAUUAUUUAUCAACAGCAACCACAGGGACAACAAUUACCACCACCAUCACAUAUUGUAUCAAUGAUGCAAACAACAAAUGAUCAUCAUCAUCAUCAUCUUAAUCAACAACAACAACGUAAAGAUAGCCAUUCAUCAAUGCAAUUAUCAUCCAUUUCUGGACAAACCGAUAUACGUCCAAGUGGUCGAUCGAGCUUGGCUACAAUUACAUUAAGUUAAGAUGCCUCAAACAAUAAUAUUUACAUAUUUUAAAAAUCAUGAUCUCUACAAAAAAUA